AUUGGAUUAACUGCUCUAAGUACAAUGCCCCUUACAUUAUUAACACUGGGAGGAAAUGAUGGGGCUCAUCAUUGGUGUCAAUGGGAGGAACAGUGCCCCAUCAUUGGUGUCAGUGGGAGGAAUAGCACCCUAUCAUUGGUGUCAGUGGGAAGAAUCGUGCCCCAUCAUUGGUGUCAGUGGGAGGAAUAGCGCCCCAUCAUUGGUGUCAGUGGGAGGAAUAGCGCCCCAUCAUUGGUGUCAGUAGGAGGAAUAGCGCCUCAUCAUUGGUGUCAGUGGGAGGAAUAGUGCCCCAUCAUUGGUGUCAGUGGGAGGAAUAGUGUCCCAACAUUGGUGUCAGUGGGCGGAAUAG